AUGUCUCUUUCGCUGCAACAGAACGCUUCAUGGGGCCCCCUGGGGGGCCCCUCAGGGGGCCCCCCUCCUGCUAUCAGGACUCAGGGGGCCCCCCAGUCUAUCGACUGCUUCGGUGCUGCAGGGGGGGCCCCUGGGGCCCCUCUCCUCCCGCAGAAGGAAACGGGGCCUCACGACAAGGGCCCCCAUAUCUCCUCUCUCAACCAAGGGGGCCCCCCUGGGGGGCCCCCCGCUGCUCAGGAUGGGGGCCCCCCUGAUAUUGAUGGGGACAGACAGCGCGAUAAGAACAGCAAAGAGGGGCCCCCCUUCUUGCCAGGGGCCCCCAGGGGCCCCGAGGAUGAGGGGGGCCCCCCGCAUAAUGAAUAUAUUUUCUUUGGCACUGACGACAUCAAGGAAGCUGCAGCAGCAGCAGCAGCCGCAGCAGCAGCAGCAGCAGCAGCACGAACAGGGUUUGCGGAGGGGCCCCCCUUGUCCUUUAUCUUAACCCGACCCAGCACAGCACCCCAUCCAGACUGGGGCCCCCAGGGGCCCCCCCCUGCGUCGCCAGUUGCAAACCCUCUCAGGAGUCUCCUAGGGGCCCCCAUAGAGGCCCCCAUAGGGGCCCCGUCAGAGGCCCCCAUUGGGGCCGCUCUGGGGGCCCCUGCUGAGGCCCCCCUAGGGGCCCCCACAGAGGCCCCCCUAGGGGCCCCCCUAGAGGCCUCCUUGGGGGCCCCCUUGGGGGCUCCUUUGGGGGCCCCCAUAGGGCCCCCGUGUACUUCUGUAGAGUCGUCGUCGUUGCUGUCGUGGCUUCGGGGGCCCCCCGGGGGCCCCCUGGCUGCUGCAGGGGAUUGGGGGGCCUCCUCGCUAAGCAUCACCGAGGCCCUGUACAAGCUCACCUUAGUGGAUCCCCAGCAGCAGCAGCAACAGCUGCAGCAGCUGCAGCAGCUGCAACAGCUGCAGCAGCAGCAGCAGCAGCAACGGCAGCAGCAACAGCAGCAGGAGCAGCAGCAGCUGCAACAACAACAGCAACAGCAACAACAACAACAGCAACAGCAGCAGCAGCAGCAGCAGCAGCAGCAGCAGCAGCAGCUAGCAGCAGCAGCAGCAACUCACAGCGCGACAAGACACGAUUCCUUUCUCUCGGCCGCGUCCACCACCGCCUCUGUCGUCAGGGGCCCCCUGAAGGGUCCUGAUGACAACGAAGGAGAGAAGGGGGCCCCCCAAGUGUCUCCUCUACUCUUACCGGGGGACAUAUGGGCCUUCGCAGCGCAAGGGCAGCUGCAGCAGCAGCAGCAGCAGCAGCAGCAGCAGCAGCGGCAGCAGCAGCAGCAGCAGCAGCGGCAGCAGCAGCAGCUGCGGCAACAGCAGCAGCAGCAGCAGCAGCGCCCACUUCAACAGCAAUCAAUAAUGCAGUUGCUGCAGCAGCAGCAGCAUCACGCAAUGCAGCAGAGGCAGCAGCUCCCGCUGCAGCAGCAGGAGCAUCCUUCCCUACAGCAGCAGCAGCAGCAGCAGCAGCAGCAGCAUUUCCAGCAGCAGCAGCAUCAUUUGCUGCAGCAGCAGCAGCAGCAGCAGCAGCAAGCGCUGCAGCAGAAGAGGGCCCCUGUCGGUGGCGACCUCUGUCUUACCCCCUUGGGGGCCCCUGCUGCCUCCUUAUUAUCUCAGGAGAUGAGUAAGGGGGGCCCCCGGGGAGCCCUCGUCGCGCAGCCAGCAGCAGCAGCAGCAACUGCAGCAGCUGCUGCAGCAGGACUGGGGGGGGACCGUCUUGAGCCUUUCCCUGCGCAUGCAGAGUCUCCUGCUGUGGGGGCCCUCGCAGGGGCCCCGGGGGGCCCCCCAAGCGAUAUCAAUGCUCUCCUCAAGUGCUAUUUGGAGUUGCUGCUGCUCAGACAGCAGCAGCAGCAGCAGCAGCAGCAGCCAGCAGCAGCAGCAGCAGCAGCAGCAUAUGAACCUGCUUCGAUGCUUCGAAUGCAGCAACAGGCUAUAUGUCAAGGCCUUCACUGUACCCCUCAAGGGGCCCCCCAGCAACUGUAUUCUGCUGCUGGGGGCCCCCAGUCAGGCUGGGGGGGGGGCCCCAGCAGCAGCUGCAUGGAUGAGCAGCAGCUGCUGCAGCAACUUGGCUUUCACGGCGCAGCAAGCGGUUCUCUUGUUCCUCCUCCUCCUCCUACCCCCACGUCUGCUGCUGCUGCUGCUGCUGCAGCAGCUGCUGCAGCAGGACUGGGGGGGGACCGUCUUGAGCCUUUCCCUGCGCAUGCAGAGUCUCCAGCAGCACCAGCAGCAGCAGCAGCAGCAGCGGCAGCAGCAGCAGCAGCAACGGCAACAGCAGCAGCCGCGGCAGCAACAGCAGCGGCAGCAGCAGCAGCAGCAGCAGCAGCAGCGGCAGCAGCAGCGGCUGUUCCAGCGAGGCCCCCGAAGGCCACGGGGACAGAGGGGGCCCCCGGGGCCCCCCCCAUUCGACGCAUUUGCUGCUGCACAGGAGCAGCUAGACCCUCUAGGGUGGGCUGCAGUUGCUGGGUAUCUGCAACAGCAGCAGCAGCAGCAGCAGUAGCAGCAGCAGCAGCAGCAGCAGCAGCAGUUGCAGCAGCAGCAGCAGCAGCAGCAGCAGCAGCAGAUGAACAGCAGCAGCAGCAGCAGCAGCAGCAGUUGCAGCAGCAGCAGCAGCAGCAGCAGCAGCAGCAGAUGAAAUGUCCCCAUGAGGAAAUGCAGCCGUGGGUCUACUGUUCUAAAGGGCCCCCCGAGGGGCCCCACAUAGGGGGCCCCUGA